AUGGCCUCCGACGACGACGAACCGGUGAAAAAGGUCGCCGACAUCUUCGGCGACGACGACGACGACGACGACUCGAGCAGCGACGACGAGGAGCCGGGCGGCGAGGCGGGCGCGCCGUCCAAGCCCAAGGGCGUGCCCAUGAAGGGCGAGGUCGCGGCCAACGACGAGGGCCGCCUCUUCUGGACGGGCACGUGGGCGGACACGGAGGAGGAGUUCGCCGCGGGCAAGGCGAAGAAGUUCAAGUACGGCGGCCCCGUCGGCGACCCGUCCGACCCGCCGUCCGGGAGCUGGAACGGCUACUUCUUCAACCCCGGCGAGGAGGGCGACGCCAAGGUCAAGGAGAAGGGCGUGCAGCUCAAGUUCGGGCCCGGCGGCGCCGUGUCCGGCGGCGGCGAGAACGAGUUCGGCGAGUUCUCGCUCAAGGGCGCCUACGACGCCGCGACGAAGCAGCUGGUCUGCCGCAAGGCCUACCUCUACGCCAACGACGACGACGACGACGACGACAUCGACUCCGACGCGCCCGAGGAGAACUACGGCGACGAGCUCGCGGCGCUCAACGACGAGGCGGAGAUCCCCGUGGAGGAGCUCAUGCGCCGCUACAAGGCCAUGGAGGAGGCCGAGGCCGCGGAGGCCGCCGGCGAGCCCGCGAAGAAGAAGGCGCGCGCCGAGUAG